AUGGCAGCAGCAUCAUCAUCGAAAGUCGUAAAUGGGAAGCCUUCAGUCCUCAAGAUUGUGGGACUCUUCAAGAGAAAACCAGGAAUCUCUGCAGAAGCAUUCCGAGAUUACUACGAAACCAAACAUGUUAAGCUGUUUGAGCAGCACGUUGCCCUGCCUGGCGUGUUGCGCUUCGCUCGCCGCUACUUAACACAAAUUGAUGGCAUGUCGUCACCUCUCCCAACUACUACCGGUGGCUACGAUGUCAUCAUGGAGGUCUGGUACAAGGACCGGGAUUUGUUUGAGUCUCUGAGAAGCAAGCCAAAUCCUGAGUUCACCAAGAUUGCCAUUGAGGACGAGGAACAGUUUAUUGAUCGUAGCUCGAUGACCAUGUAUUUCUCAGAAGAUGUGGAGAGUAAGCCUGGGCCGUGGGAAGUAUAG